GUAACGUUUGCGUUUUCAAUACAUCGUCAACCUGCUUGGACAUAUUUCCCGAAAGGACUCAAAAGGGUUUGCAUCAAUUUUAAUUUCAGCGAUUUCAUCAACACCAGUGGAUACCAACCGUGUCCCCUUAUUUUCGGACGGAUUGUCAGACACACACACAGGGGGCAGCGCAGGCGGUAUCUACUAUGAUGAAGACUCGCAGCAACGGCGUCUGUCCAACAACACGAAGGGCGAAGGUACAGACAGUUCAGCUUCCAAGUUUUUACCCGUGGUUGUCCCCGUGAAACAUGCCAAGGACAGGCCUGUAACAGUGUCAACAACUGCUGCGUUUCCUUCUGGAGACCAAGCAGGUACCAAGCCUCUGGAUUGCCUGGACAUCCGCAUGACCAGCUCGGGCUGGCUCCCCAGCAGUGUUUACCUGGUGCACCCGCGGGACGGACUGGGGCCCAUCAUGGUGUACUGUGACAUGGCCACGGACGGGGGAGGGUGGACGGUGAUCCAGAAACGGUACGACGGCUCAGUCGACUUCUCCCGAAGCUGGGACGAGUACAAGCGAGGAUUCCCGACUUACCUGAGCGGAGAGUUCUGGCUGGGUAACGACAAUAUCCACCGGUUGACUAUGCAGGAUAGCUGUGAGCUCCGAGUGGACAUGGAGUCAUUUGAUGACGACAUCCGGUAUGCUGUGUACGAUCAUUUCUCUGUCGGGAGCGAGGAGGAACUCUACAAGCUCACUGUAGCUGGCUUCAGCGGCAACGUGACAGGCGACUCCCUCGGGAAGCAUGACGGGUCUCCCUUCGCCACCGUGGACCAUGACUCCGAGUGGGGGUGUGCGCAGGCGUACCGGGGCGGGUGGUGGUACUACCGGUGCCACUCCGCCAGUCUGAACGGACAGUACCAGCGGGGCUACCACUCCACCUGGGCGGACGGCAUCCACUGGGACCUGUGGACCGGCAUGAACCACUCCCUCCGCCGCACAGAGAUGAAAAUACGGCCACACAGACGUUAAUAGGCAACUGUUACACGCCUAACCAUUUUAGAUUGGCUAUUCCAAAAUUCCUGUGUAUGUCACCAUUUCACUCCAUUCAUGCCCUACAUAUUUCCCACAAGACAGAAACUAAAGUUGAU